UGACUUGGGCAUGAGGAGAUACCCUGUGUUUGGCCCGUGCUGCCUGGGUCUUUUUUCCAGGGCAUUUGGUUUCUCUUCCACCCUGCUGUCCCAUCAGAUUGUGAGUGCUGAUUUGGGAUUGGGAGUGGCUGGGAAAACCAAGUCUGUGGGACUGAAGAGCCACGCACUGAUGGAGACACCUCUUGAGAAGGCCCUGACCACUAUGGUCACCAUUUUCCAUAAAUACUCGGGGAGAGAAGGCAGCAAACUGACCCUGAGCAGGAGAGAACUAAAGGAGCUGAUCAAGAAGGAGCUGUGUCUUGGAGAGAAGAUGAAGGAGAGCAGUGUUGAUGACCUGAUGAAGAGCUUGGACAAGAACAGCGACCAGGAGAUCGACUUCAAGGAGUACUCAGUGUUCCUGACCACUCUGUGCAUGGCCUACAAUGACUUCUUCCUUGAGGGCAGCAAAUGACCAGGGCUCAGCCCAUUGCCCCUGGCCUCUGCAGCUCCUCUCACAGACCUUCUUUGGCCCCUUGCCCUCCUCUCCCUUCUGAACAGACCUUGCUUCAGGUUUCCCUUCCAGCGGUGGAAAUAAAGGUGUUCGAUUCCAG